UCACAUUGGAGCAAGUUCGAUGCUGCAGAACUAAAACAUGGAAGCCCCCAUAGACUACAGAAAAAAAUAAAUACCUCAGUAUCUGAAAAAUUACAGGGAUGAGAAUGGCGUCACCAAUAGUACAAUAUAUUGUGUUAAGGAAAGACUUAGUUGAGACACUGAAAUGGCCGACUGGUGCCCUUAUAGCACAAGCAUGUCAUGCAUGCACCGCUGUGAUGCACCAGUUCAGAGAAGAGACAACAACGCAACACUAUUUGGCCGAUAUUGACAGGAUGCACAAAGUUGUUUUAGAGGCUAAAGAUGAAGACAGUCUAAUCUCAUUGUCAGAAAAACUAAAGACAGAAAACGUGGAUCACAAGCUAUGGAUGGAGCAACCCGAGAAUAUCCCGACCUGUAUAGCAACUAGGCCCUAUCAGAAAGACCUCAUACAGAUUCACUUCAAAAAGUUUAAACUGAUGAAAUAAAAUACAAUAUCUUACAAUCUG